AUGUCUACAUCUAAUUCUCCACGUCGCCGUGCGCAACUCCGCGCGCCCACACCAAACAUCCUCCUCUACCUGAUCGCCUUCCGUCUCGCCAAUGCGUUCGCCCUGAAGACAUUUUUCCAGCCUGAUGAAUACUUUCAGUCCUUGGAACCAGCUUGGCAGAUCGCCUUCGGCCAGGGUCAAGGAGCUUGGGUGACUUGGGAAUGGCGCCACCAAUUACGAUCCUCACUACACCCUCUUUUUUUCGCCGCUCUUUAUAAGGUCGCGGAUUUCUUCGCUUCCACUCUCAGCGUCUCUCCUGGCACGCGCGCCGAGCUCCUGAUUGCCGCCCCGAAGAUAGCGCAGGCCGUUAUUGCGGCGAUUGGCGAUUUUUACACUUGGAAACUCGCAGUUCGCGUCUACGGCGAUGAUUCACGCGGGUCCUGGGCAACGCUGGCCGCAACAGUCCUAAACCCCUGGCAAUGGUUCUGCUCAACCAGGACACUCUCGAACUGCAUGGAAACGACAAUCACCAUCGUGGCAUUAGAACUAUGGCCUUGGCAAUGGUCAGUGGGCUCUACGACCGGCGAUAGCCGUGGCAAGAGCACUGGCACCCAAAAGAGGGGCUCGGACCGGGAUCGAAGCGCGAUUCAUGAGUAUGACCGGACAUGCAACCUUAUAUCACCGGCUGCUGACACUUCUUACAGCCUCCACAAAUGUCUGCCGCUGGCGGCGCUAGCCUGUAUACUGCGGCCGACUAACAUUCUCGUUUGGGUCACCUUGGCCAGCCUGGCCUGGCUUCGGACCUCUUGGGCCCAGCGCAGGAUCCUUCUCGCUGAAGUCAUAGUUUGGGGAUCGGUGAUUCUCGGAGUAUCCUCGAUCGCGGAUCGUCUGUUCUAUGGAAUCUGGACGUUCCCGCCGCUCAGGUUCCUCUACUUCAACAUCGCGCAGUCACUAGCUGUCUUCUAUGGUAGCAAUGACUGGCAUUAUUAUGCCUCACAAGGCUAUCCCCUCUUGCUCACUACUUUGUUGCCUUGCGCCCUUUUGGGUUUGUACAGAACCUUGACUACUCAUUCCUCGGUGGGCGACCAUGUACAGGCGGGAAUUCGAGUACAAUUGGCGACAGUCUGCCUUUUGAUGCCAUUUGUACUCUCUUUGAUUUCCCACAAGGAAGUGCGCUUCAUUUACCCAUUGCUACCUUCGCUUCACAUUUUAGCGGCGCCGCCUUUAGUGCAAUAUUUCCACCCAGCCAUCGCCUCGCAGGCAUACUCACGUCAUACUCCCCGCAGGCUCCUUCUUAUAUUCCUUGUGCUUGUCAACGUAGUCAUUGCGUUUUACACGACUCGUCACCAUGCAUCCGGCGUCCUCGAUGUCAUCUCCUAUCUCCGCCAGCAGCAUGAAGUCCAUUCGGCGCCAAUAACAAAAGAGGCACCAGACUCCAACUCCGAGACUGGAAUUUCUGCGGGAUUCUUGAUGCCUUGCCACAGCACUCCAUGGCGCUCCCACCUGGUUUACCCAACAAUUAACGCAUGGGCGCUUUCCUGCGAGCCACCGAUUGAUCUCAACGCAGCAGAGAAAGCCGUCUAUCGAGACGAAGCAGACCAGUUCUAUGACGACCCAUCCCAGUUCCUCCGCCAGAACAUGGCCGGCGGUCUUCGUCAUCUCCCCCGACGACCGAGCUAUUCUUCCGCGUCCUCUUUAUCGGGAAGACUCCCACUCUCCACGGCUCAACACGAAUGGCCCGACUAUCUUAUCUUCUUCGCCCAGCUCGAGCCAACUCUCUACACCCUCCUACGAAGCUCCUCCUACGGUGAGUGCUGGCGCACCUUCAACACCGAUUGGCACGACGACUGGCGUCGUCGAGGUGACAUCGUCGUCUGGUGCCUGGACACAGCCGAGCAAGACAUUUGGCGCGCCGAGACCCAGCGCCGGCUGCAAAAAAGCCGUGAAAAGCAAUUCGAUCUUAUCAUCGAAACGUUCAAAAAAGAGGCCCUCAACCAAGGGCAACGCGGAUGGAAAGUUUCGAUGCCUUGGUCCUCGUCGCCUUCAACUUCGAUAUUUGCAUCAUGGUGGCGUUCAGCGCAGUCGCUUUUCUCGCCGUCUCCGAAAUCCUCGUUCCCUUGGAUUUGGCGUCCUCGGUCUCGGUGGGAGAACUUCCUGGCUAUGUUCUCUAGGCGGAGAAACUGUUGGCUUCCUACUUCGAUAGCUGAUUGGCUGCCGUAUUGGCUGACAUCGUGUGAAAGGGUGCCCACAGAAGCGGAAUUGUGGUCUUGA